AUGCCGCGCGGUUUCCUCGUCAAGCGCAGCCGGCGCCUCGGCGGCUCCUACCGGGCGCGCCCGCGGGACCCGGAGCGGGACCUACCACGCGCCCCGCCGCCGCCCUCGCCGCCCGCUGCUGGGGACAGCCCUGUCGCCAGGCUGGGGGUGGAGGAGGAAGAGGAGGGCGAGGAGGAGGAGGGUGCCGCCGCCGCUUGCCCCGCGACGUGGCCCCCCGGCGGCGGCUGCGGCGGCCCUGGUCUUGCCCCGCUAGAGGGACCAGCCGUCUGGGGGGCCGCGGGGCCCUGCAGCGUCGCGGGGCCGCGAGCGGCUCUUUUCGAGCGGUGCCUGAGUUCCCCCGCCUCCGCCGAGUCCUUCCCCCUGGCCGCCUCCUUCCCGCCCGCCGAGAAGCUGCUGCUGCAGCCCCACACGCCACUGCCAGGCCCGCCGCCGCCGCCGCCCGCGCUGAAGCGGCCGUCGCGGUCCAAGGCGACUGCCAAGAAGGCCAAGGCCACGCGGAAGCUGAGCUUCGCCGACGAAGUGACCACUUCGCCCGUGCUGGGGCUGCGCAUCAAGGAGGAAGGGCCCGAGGGCCGGUCGGGGCCGCCGACGGGUCGCACGCCGCUGGGCGAGUUCAUCUGCCAGCUGUGCAAGGAGCAGUACGCGGACCCGUUGGCGCUGGCUCAGCACCGCUGCUCCCGCAUCGUGCGCGUCGAGUAUCGCUGCCCCGAGUGCCACAAGAUCUUCAGCUGCCCCGCCAACCUGGCCUCGCACCGCCGCUGGCACAAGCCGCGGCCUGUCCCCAGCGCCGACGGCACCGCCGCCGCUCCCCCGGGCAAAGAGAACAGCCCCGAGCGGAGGCCUCGCGGCCCCAUCGCGCCCCAAACCCAGCCGCCCCCGCCGCCCCGUCAGCACCGGGACAGCGCGGACAGCGCCAGCAGCGUGCCGGCGCCUCCUGCCUCCGGUCCGGUUCCCGGAGGCGCCCCAGCUGCCAGCCCCGGCGGGGAGGCGUUCGCGUGCCCCUGCUGCCAGAAGCGGUUCCGGCGGCAGGCUUACCUCCGCAAGCACCUGGGCACCCACGGGCCGACUCGGCCUGCCGCCUACGGCCCGCCGGAGCGCGGGCACCUCGCCUUCGCUUGCCAUCUCUGCGGCGCUCGCUUCCCCUCGGCGGACAUCAGGGACAAGCAUCGGCUGUGGCACUCUGUGCGGGAGGAGCUGCUACUGCCGCCUCCGGCCGGGCCCCCCGAGGGCGGCGCGGCGGGCGGCGAGCGGCAGGGCUUCCCCUGCAAGCACUGCCCCGCCACCUUCUUCAGCGCGCCCGGGCUGGCGCGGCACGCCAGCAAGUGCCACCCGCCGGAGAGUAGGCAGGUCCUGCUGCUCCAGGUGCCCGUCCGGCCGGGCUGCUAG